CAAAAAAAAAAAAAAAAAGAAGUGACCAAUUCAGAUUGGACUCGGGCUCCGCACACAACAAUUUAUCCUAGGGUAACCGGCUCCGGUUCUUUACGAUAUUACUAAAGAGAAAUCACCGGUGCGAUCUGCUUGCCGGCUCCGGGAAUGGAAAGCAGUCGACGGAUGGGGAUAUUGGAGAACUUACUACGGCAGAAGUCUUUAAAAGCCCUAUUUGGCGGGAGGAAAGAUAAUACCGAUGCAGAAGUCACAAAUCCUAUACCGCAGCUGUCCCCCAUCGCCAACUCCGUUGUCUUUCGUUGUUCGAAGGUCCUUCAUAUUUUGACAGAAAAGUUGCAGCAGUGUUUUGAGACCGAGCUGCCUGACCAUGCUUUUCCGCCAUCUCUGUAUGCUAGAAAUCUUUUAGAGUAUUGUUCUUAUAAGGCGCUCAAUGUGAUGAUUAAAUGCCUUGAUCACAUGGCUGAUAAGGAUUUUUAUCGCUUGACAUUUGAUAUGAUGCUUGCCUGGGAAGCUCCUGGUACAGGGACUGAAUCUUUGCUAAAAGAAUCUUUUUCUACCAGUCAUCCUAGAGAUGAUGAUGAGGAUGGAGAAUCACUUUUCUAUAUAAACUCUACAAAUGUGGCUGUUCAGGUGGAUGAAAAAAAAUCUGUUGGGCUGGAAGCUUUUGCUCGAGUAGCCCCUGCAUGUCCUUCCAUAGCUGAUUUGAUCACUGUCCACAACCUCUUUGAUGCAUUAACAAGCUCGUCCGAUGGGCGACUUCAUUUUAUCAUAUAUGAAAAGUACCUUAAAAGCAUAAAUAAGGUGCUCAAGGCAUCAAAAGGUCAUAUAGGAUCAACACUUUCUUCAAGCCUUCAUCUUGCUGAUGGGGAAAUUAUAUUAGAUGUGGCCGGUGUUAUUCCUACUCAACCUGUUCUACAACAUAUUGGAAUAUCUAUUUGGCCUGGACGGUUGACAUUGACCAACUAUGCUCUUUAUUUUGAGUCCCUAGGAGUAGGUUCUCAUGAUAAAGCUGUUGUUUAUGACCUAGCAAUGGACUCAGAGCAGAUUGUAAAGCCUGAAUUGACCGGACCUUUGGGUGCUCGGCUCUUUGAUAAGGCAGUCUUGUUUAAGUCAACAAAUGUAACAGAUCCUGUUUAUUUUGAGUUUCCUGAACUCAAAGGCCACUCUCGUAGAGAUUACUGGUUGUCAAUAGUUCAGGAAGUAUUGCAUGCACAUAGAUUUAUUAGAAAAUAUAAUCUUGCUGGGAUUCAACGAGAAGAAGCUCUUUCAAAGGCAACAAUUGGCAUCUUCCGGUAUCGUGCUCUGAGAGAAGCUUUCCGGACCAGUUUAUCAGAUUUUAAAUCUAUACUUGCUUUUAAUUUAGCAGAAAAACUGCCUAAAGGGGACAUGAUUCUUGAAGCUUUGUCAAACCACUUGGAGCUUCUGCAAGCCAGAUCUAAGACACAGAAUUGUAUAGAGCUUAAAUCUGAUAUAAGUCCACAUGUUUUGUCAGUUUCAUCGUAUAUGCUUGUUAUAAUGGGAUUUAUAUCUUUGGAGAAGCUAGAAAGGAAGGGAGAAAACAAUUUUAGUAUUCCUCUAAUCACCGUUGGUGAAACAACCUCUUUAGAGCUGGCUGUAAAAGAAUCAUAUUGUCACUCCGGAAGUGUUGAGGCUGCAAAUGCAACUGUUGAUCAGGUGAAAAUGGAAGGAAUUGGGACUAACUUUGCUGUCAUGCAGGAACUCCUCCAUCCCAUGAUUGAAGUGGGCAAGCUUCUUGUUAUUUUGGCUGAAUGGGAAGAUCGUCUGAAGUCGUCAGCAUUUAUUGCUUUACUCAUAUAUGUGACUUACAGGGAUUGGAUCAAGUACAUAUUUCCUUCCAUUUUCUUUUAUCUUGCAGUUCUCAUGCUUUGGAAUAAAUACCGAAAGAAGAUACAACGAAUGAAAGCUUUUCAAGUCACUCCUCCCCCGAGCAAAAAUGCUGUUGAGCAACUUCUGACAUUGCAGGAAGCUAUAUCACAGCUAGAGGCCUAUAUCCAAACUGGGAAUGUGGUUUUACUUAAAUUAAGAUCUCUUUUGCUUGCUGCCGCCCCACAGGCUACUGACAGAGUUGUAAUUGCCAUGAUUGUAAUGGCUUUAGCGAUUGCCUUUCUACCUUUCAAGCUUCUUGUAGAGCUAAUGCUUCUCGACGCAUUCACACAAGAGAUGCCUUUGAGGAAGAAGAGUAACGAUAAGAUUAAACGAAGAGUUAAAGAGUGGUGGGAUCGCAUUCCAGCAGCACCAGUUCGACUUUUGAGACCCAGCACAGGUAAACACCAAAACUGAGUAAUCUGCUCUUCAAUUCUCACCUGUUUUUGUCUUUGAUUUAGGCUUCGUUAGGGACGACUUUUUUUAUGUUUCUUAAAGCAGCUUUUUAGUACAAAUUUUUUUAAUUUUGUACUAGAAAGUUGCUUUAAGAAGCUGAAAGAAAGCCAUCUGAAACGAAGCCUUAUGCUUCAUUGAGACAGCUUUCUUACUUCUUAAAACAGUUUUUUAGUACAAAAUUAAAAAUUUUGUAUUAAAAAGUUGCUUUAAGAAGCAUUAAUAAAGUUGUCCCACACGAAGCAUUAGAUGAUGCAAUAGUUUUAUGGUCAUUCAAUUUUUGAAAAUAAAAUUUAUUAUAAUGUUUGCACUGAAGAAGUUCGUCGGUUUUGCUGUUAUUCUGAUGGGAAUUGAUUUGUUGUACUUUGAAAAUUUUCAUUGUUGACUUUAAUAAGUGCGAUAUGGUCGUUAAGGAUCAA